AUGGAAGAAGCAGCAAAAAUGCGGUACAUCAUAGAAGGAAUAAAAGACAAAGAAGCUAAUAAGGCAAUACUAUAUGGGGCAAGAUCAAUGAAAGAACUUAAGGAAAAUUUGAUUAUCUAUGAGGAACAAAAAUCUCGCAUAGCAGAGUCGUCUGUGAGACAGGUUAGACCUGAGGACAACAGGAAAUGCAGGCAAUCUGCAAGUGUGAUGAAGUAUAGGAAGUGUGAAGAUCUCCUGUUUCGUUUCGAGGAAGAAUCGUUUAACAAGGAUAAUAUUCAGAAAGAAAGAAGAGAGCAAUUUGUGAUAAAUACUGUAAAUGAAAAUAAGAUGAAGGAUAUCAAAAAGCUGUUGCUGAAAGAAAGAGAACGUAUCGGUCAGCUAGAACAUGUUAGCAUAAAAUCAUUCGAAACAGAAGAAGAAAUGACACGUCUACGCAAUGAAGUCUCAAAUGUUACUGCUCAAGAAACGCAGCAAAUCGAAGACUUACAGAGUCGCAAUAAAAAUUGGGAGGGAAGUAGAAAUAAUCUUGACAAUGAGGUGCAAGAGAAAAGAAUUAUGGAGCAAUGUAUAAAUCAAAAAACUGAAUUGCAAUCAAAAUUGAAAGAAAAUCAACAAGAAAGCGUGGUUCAUAAAGAAUCGGAGAAAAGUUUGCGGACAGAAUUAGAACCUGCGACGAAAGAUUUGGAGAAAAAGAAUACAUUGACAGAAGAUAUGAAAAAACAAUUUGAACACGGUACAAAUACUUUGAAGGAGCAGUUGCAAGAAGCUGCAGAAACGAUAGAAAGUAUUAAAAGAAAGAUUGAACAAUUAGAUUAUAAAAUCGAUCAUAGACCAGGUACCGCGAUGCGUUAUGUGGACGCGUUUAGUCGGAAUAUAGUAGAAGAGUUAUUAGUACAGGAAGGCCGAAGCGGUUUGGGUGAUCGAGUUUGCAAAGCUCAAGAAGAAGAUGACGAUUUUGAAGACGACGAAGGACAAUCGUUUUUCAUUGAGGUUAAUAGUCGUUGCGGAAUAGUAAAGAAAUCAGGAGUGCAAGUGUGA